AUGUCAGUCGUAAUUGAAACCACACUGGGAGAUAUUACUGUAGAUCUUUAUUUAGAUCAACGACCAGUAACAUGUUUAAACUUCUUGAAGUUGUGCAAGAUGAAGUACUACAACUACAAUCUGUUUCAUACAAUACGAAACGGUUUUAUUGCUCAAACUGGUGAUCCCAGUGGUGAAGGAUCAGGAGGACAGUCAAUAUGGGGUAUUCUAGAAGGACCGGACAAACGCUUUUUCUCUGGCGAGAAAAUGCCCAAGAUUCGUCACACCGACGCUGGUUUGCUAUCCAUGGUAUGUACCGAUGAUAUGAUGGUCGGUUCUCAAUUCUUUUUCACACUUGCGCCCGACUUAAACUCAUUAGAUGGGACACAUUGUGUAAUAGGUGAAGUGACCGAAGGGCAUGAUGUACUAACUAAGCUCAAUGAAGUGAUAUGUGAUGAAUCCUAUCGUCCAUAUAGAGAUGUAAGAAUUACACAUACAGUUGUACUUGAGGACCCUUUCAAUGACCCACCUGGGUUGAGAGCCCCAUCACGGUCACCAUCGCCAAGUGCAGAACGCCUCAAGGGCGGCAGAAUUGCUCCAGACGAAGAAAUUGAUGAAGCACAAGGCAAAACGGCAGAGGAAAUCCAAGAAAUGAUUGAAGAAAAGGAAGCAAAAGCUAGAGCAACAAUUUUAGAAAUUGUUGGGGAUUUACCUGAUGCUGAAAUAGCACCUCCUGAAAAUGUUUUGUUUGUAUGUAAACUCAACCCAGUCACAACAGAUGAAGACUUGGAAAUAAUAUUUAGUCGAUUCGGCAAAAUAGUUAGCUGCGAAGUAAUUAGAGACAAAAAGACUGGUAACUCAUUACAGUAUGCUUUUAUUGAAUUCGACAAUAAGAAAUCUUGCGAAGAUGCUUACUUCAAAAUGGACAAUGUUUUGAUUGAUGAUCGCCGAAUUCAUGUUGACUUUUCACAGUCAGUAUCUAAAAUGAGAUGGUUAGGGAAAGGUAGGGGUGUCCAGUAUUUUGAUGAUGAUACAAACAAAAAAUCUCAAAAAAACACAAAUAGAAAUAGUCAUAAACAACCACAAACUGAUGAAACAAACCAUAGGAGGCGUUAUGAAAAUGAUAGAAAUGGCAAAGAAAGUCAUAGACACGAUAAAGAAACAGACAGUUAUAGGGACCACAAAGAUAAAUUAAAAGAUAAAAAUAUUAGAAGUAGUGAUAGAGAUAGUAAAGUUUACAACCGAAAGCAUAGUAUAAGUCGAUCUAGAAGAGAUAAUUCACAGGAUAGAAUACAUGAAAGAAGACAAGAUAGGACCAGAUAUUCUAAAGACACAAGUAAAUCUAGAGAUAACAGAGAAAAGAAGAAUUCACAUGAAUUUGUUCAUAAUAAGAGGGAUCAUCGUGAUCAUUAUAAUUCAAGAUCCUCACCGAGUAAAAAAAUUAGAACAGAAUCACCUGAAAAACAGCAUAGAGAGAGAGAAUUAAGUAGAAGUAGAGAUAGAAGUGACAGAAAUAAACAAGAAAAUAACGGUGUUCAUCCAAGGUAUAGCGAAUCUAAUAGUCGUAAACACAAUAAAGAAAGCAGAAGUGAUAAAAUUAAAGAAAAUACUAAAGGUGUAGAAUCAAAAACACCAUCGCCAGUUACAAAGAAAAAUAGAACACAAUCCUCAAAAUUAAAAAAGAAAUCCAAAAAGAACACAGUAGAUUUAAAAUCUAAAAAGAAGGAACGGAAAACAAAAAAACGUAAGCGCUCAACAUCAUCAUCGGAAUCAUCAGAUUCAAGUUCUAGCAGUGAUAGCAGUUCCAGUGAUAGUGAUAGAAAGAAAAAGAAAAUUAGACGAAAAAAGAGAAAAUAUUCGACAUCUAGCAGUAGUUCUGAUAGCACUUCUAGCAGCUCGUCGAGUAGUUCGGACACCAGUAGUGUAUCAUCUUCGAGCUCCGAUAGUAGCUGCAACAAGAAACAACAGAAGAAAAAGCAUGUAAAGAAAAACAAAAAGAAGUUAUAG